AUGGCUGGGGGCGCACACACGUACAUGGGAACGCACGCACAUGGACAGGUGCAGAUAAAGAUUUAUAAACAUACACAGGCGCUUGCACAAACAGAGUUCCGAGAGGACGUUAAAGAGAUCACAAAUUGCAUUGAUGAAGAAGUAUAUGGGGUGCGUGAAGAAGUGAAGGCUCCCAGAUUACUGUGUUCCAGCCGCCCCCGAGCGCCGCCUCCGAGCGCCGCCCCCGAGGAAGCGAGCCGUCAGAAGCGAGCCGUCAGAAGCGAGCCGUCAGAAGCGAGCCGUCAGAAGCGAGCCGUCAGAAGCGAGCGUCAGAAGCGUCAGAAGCGUCAGAAGCGAGCCGUCAGAAGCGAGCCGUCAGAAAGCGAGCCGUCAGAAGCGAGCAGAAGCGAGCCGUCAGAAAGCGAGCGUCAGAAGCGAGCCGUCAGAAGCGAGCCGUCAGAAGCGAGCCGUCAGAAGCGAGCCGUCAGAAGCGAGCCGUCAGAAGCGAGCCGUCAGAAGCGAGCCGUUCAGAAGCGAGCCGUCUUCGAGCCGUCAGAAGCGAGCCGUCAGAAAGCGUCAGAAGCGAGCCGUCAGUCUCCCUUCGCCUCAAGCGCCGCCUCCCGUGAAGCGCCGCCCUCCGUCCCCGCUGUGAAGGCAGACAAUAUCUCCCGCACAGACGCCCGCCCGCCGCCCGAGCUCAUCUCAGCGGCUUGUGGGCGCCCAGAUCGUAUCGGGAGAGCAAUAGCGAUCAAGAAAGUAGAACAGCAACUUGAUUAUGGCGAUGAGAAGGAUGAUUCCCAGAUUCCCAGAUUCCGGAAUACUCUCCCGUCCGCCUCUAUUGCAUUAGUCCCGUCCCGUUGUCACAGAGCGAGAUUCCCAGUCUUCCCUUCCGUCAAAACCAAUUCCUUCUGUCCCUCAGACGGCGGGAAGCUCGGCCCAGUCUCAUUCCGGAGGGUUGCCAGGCCCAAGUUAGCAAUAUAUAAUGUUGCAGUCAAGCAGAAUUAUCCAGGAGCGGGGAGCCCGCCUUCUGCCCGCAGGAAGACCGUGUCCAUCAACAUCAUCGAGGAGGACAGUUACGAGAAGGACGUCCUAUUCUACGUGGACAUCGGCGAGCCUCAAGCCAUUGGAGACAUCGAAUUCGACAUAGGUUUCGAAUUCGCUAACAAGGAGAGCGACCUGACCGAAGAGGAGAAAAUCGCCCUCCUCGGCAAACCGAAGCUCGGCAACUCGACCCGCACUCAGAUCAGGGUCAAGGAGAACAAGGAAUACAAGAACAUGGUUGACAAGUUGGUGAAGAAGGCCAACGCAUCCCUCCUUGUUGGUACCUCCUCUUGGAAGGAACAGUUCAGUGAAGCCAUCACAGUCCAACCUGGCGAUGAAGAUGAAGAGGGAGAGGAAGAAGAAGAGACUGAGAAGCUGCCCAGCUGUAUGGAUUACGUCAUGCAUUUCGUCACCGUCUUCUGGAAGAUUCUCUUUGCCUUUAUUCCUCCCACGGACAUCGCCAAGGGUUACCCAACGUUUAUAAUCUCUAUUUUGGGCAUUGGUCUUCUUACUGCCUUUAUCGGUGACUUUGCCUCUCACUUCGGCUGUUCUAUCGGUCUGAAGGACUCGGUGACUGCCAUUGCCUUCGUGGCUUUGGGUACCAGUGUUCCAGAUACCUUUGCCUCAAAGGUGGCCGCCCAGCAGGAUCCCUACGCUGACGCCUCUGUGGGCAACGUCACGGGCUCCAACGCUGUCAACGUGUUCCUUGGUAUUGGUAUCGCAUGGACCCUGGCUGCUAUCUACCACAAUGUCCAAGGAAGAGACUUUGAAGUCUUGCCUGGCAACUUGGCCUUCUCAGUGACCCUGUUCUGCGUGGAGGCGGCAGUGGCCAUCAUGGUGAUGAUGAUCAGGCGACACCCGAGCGUCGGCGGCGAGCUCGGCGGGCCAAGAAUCCCCAAGAUCGUGACGUCCGCCUUCCUCGCCUUCCUGUGGGUCUUCUACGUGUUCAUGUCCUCCCUGGAAGCCUACGACAUCAUCCCCUCUCUAUGAAUAAUCCGUUCCGGUUGUGAGGACGUCGCAAGGCUGAUGGGCAACGUGCCAUGGCGGGCGACGAGGGUCUUCCGCGCCCUGUGCCCGAGCUUGGCCGGUCAAAAGCAGCGUAGACUAGCUAACCUUUGCCACUAUCCGCCGUGCGGCCCAAGCGGCAGCGUUGUGUGAGUGACUACUAUGUGUGAUGUCCUCCACUAUCACCACCAACACCUCCACCUCUUCCACCACCAAAAUUACAUCCGGUCCUGUGUCAUCCGAAGGGCCUGUUUCUAGCUGUCAUGUCCACUUGCUCUGUUUAUUUUUUUUCUGUUUUUAUUUAUUUGUAUUUUUAUGAGGCUGGUCGAUCUGCAGCCCCCCUGUGAGCCUGUUUAUACCCUGUGGACGUGACUCACGAGCAUUCCUCACUAACAGUGCCGUACCUCUGUCUCAUCCUAGCACAAAUUUCAGUUUUUGGCAUGGCGGUGCUUGUGGAUGCUACGGGAGACCAUUAAAACGAGGUUAUUACAACAAUAAUCACAUGCAGCGACUAUGACGGAAGCUGCAUGUGGUUACGAUCAAAAAAACAAAUACAAAAUAACACAAAACUAAAAAAAAAAAUAUUUGUACAACUACUUCCUCCUUAAGUGUAAGUAGUAAAUGCAAUGAUAGUCAUGAAUGGUUGCUAUGGUGACAGCAUACAGUGGCUGCUAUGCCACAGCUGUGAAUGGCUAUACUUGGUAGCCCUUGUUGCUCUCAUAGCCUCUCUUCUGAUGGCCACCGUGACCAUGUUUACAGUGGUGUGUCGGUCGUGUCUCGGGUCGCCCUCCUCCGUCAAGCGUUGCGAAUCUUGGGGCGACCAAGGCGUCCACUGCCCCAUUCACUCGACUAACACCCAGCACUUUCCUCUUUAAUAAUGGCCUACUCUUACAAACUCUUUUGGAAAAAACGAUUAAAAAAAUCAAUUAAGAAAAGUCUACCCUCAUUCCUUGUAUGUUAUCUUUUAAGUUGUUUUAUUUUUCUGUUUUACCACACGUGGGUUUUGUUUCUGUGGUUGUAUUGUGUGCCAUCAUCCCCCUUAGCCCCGCCACUAUGGUUGUGUCUUGUCAUUAAUGCCUCAUUCAUGCCACUGUGGUUGUGCUGUGUCAUUAAUGUGUCAUCCAUGCCACUCUGGCUGUCUCUCGCCGUCAGUCUCUCCUGGCCACCGUGGUUUCUUCUCCAAUUCCUAGUAAAGACUAAAAGCAGUACAAUGAGGCUAGUCAAUGGUUUGCAUAAUUAAAGUAGAAUCAAAAGUUGAAAUAGCGAAACCAUUCAGAUGAGUGCCUUCAAUGUCGAGAAUAUUUAUAGAUUAGUGAUUUUUUGAUGAUCUAGAAUCCCAUCUCUUCUGUCAAUUGGCUGUAGACGCCACCUCUUCAAAAUGUCCCGACUAGGUUCUCCCUGGAUCUUGUGAGGAAAAGCGACACAGCGUCUUGUGUCCGAGAAGUUGUCCCCGCCAAUCAUCCUUCACGACAUUUGUUAUUCAUCACUGUACAUCAUCAACCUGUAGGAGGCAUUAUUUUCCUUUGUCAAAUUAUCUACAGUGAGAAGAUGAACUUGAUGUUCGUUGGGAGUGUUGAACGUUUUCUGUUCGAUAGACAUAUUUUAUAAAUGUUACAUUAUUGUUAAGGAUUAUAGUGGAAACAUCAAAGCAAAUGACUAUUCGAAAAGAAAUUACUGUGGGAAAGUAUUGUUCAUUUGAAAGAGUCGCGAAAUGUAAAUAAUCAAAAUUUGCACUGUACAUAGGUAGCUGUAUACCUCAUUGAUCUGUUGUAGCCAGUUUUAUACACAAUAGCCAGGCUCUUUCAAAUAUUUGUAUAGCAUAAACGAAACACACGCACGCUCCUCUCAGAGACUAUGAGGAGCCGCUCUCAGAAAGUAGAGCUCGGCUGGUUUGUUGUUGCCGAGCCUGACAAAGAACAGCGAAGAAAAAUGGAUCUCUUUCUAAGAUAGUUCUUUCUGAAUCUAUGUGCCAUUGGCCGUUCUCGAAAGCCAUGUAAGCUCAGGAUAUAGCAUACUUCAAUAUCUUCUUUUUUUCUGAUUUUUCCUACUUCGUGAAAGUAUCACUCUGACCUUUAGAUAGCUAUGCGCGACUGGAUAUUAAUAAGAUUUUUUUUUUUUCUUCUUCUAUGUAAUUCAACAUAUAAGAAAAAAGGAAUUGUUCUGAAACAGUGGGUAUGCUCCGACGUGCCAAGAAAAAGGUGAUCUCUCGUAACAAAGCUUACAUGAGUUUUUUUUUUUUUAUACAUAUAUAUUUUUUUUUUCUUUCUUUUUUUGCUUGCUUAUAUUCCAGACGAAUCAAGAUUUCUAGAUAAAACUCAGGUCAAGUUCAGAAUUAUCAGCGAGCCACCACGAAUACUCUUACAUGGCAACAUUGGCUAUGAUGUCGAUGACUUAAGCAUGUCUUUGCUAUUUGGUACAUUCUCAAAUGACCAGUUUUUUUUUUCAUAUUUGCCUGUCGUGAAGAAAUCUAGUUCCGAGUAGAAGCGCUAUGAUUUAGGUAAUGUUGACAUCAUUUGUAAAUAAAGUGAAAAUGAA